AGACUGCAGCGAAUACUUGACCUUGUUUACAUACAGUGACUUCGCAGAGCCGAACACGAGCCGAACGUCAUUCGGGGGUUUCCGGAAAAGAGAUGCGGAAUGAACGAGACUCCAUGUUUAUUGUGGCCCAAUGCCUGAAAUCAAACCUCUCAUCUAGCAGGAAGAGAAGCAGAAACCUGCCUGUAAAAUGAGUGUGAAUGAGGAGAGAGAGGAGGAGGCUUCUGUUCACACUCAGAGAGCAGCAUCUUCAGGAUUCAGCUGUGUGUCCAUGAAGAGUAACAACUCCAUGAUUAUUCCCCCUGAAUUCAGUGAUGGACCAUCUUCAGGAUUCAGCUGUGUGUCCAUGAAGAGUAACAACUCCAUGAUUAUUCCCCCUGAAUUCUGUAAUGGACCUUCUUCAGGAUUCAGCUGUGUGUCCAUGAAGAGUAACAACUUAAUUGGUCUUUUCAGUGAUGGACCUACCUCUGACCCUAAUUUCAUCAGCAAGAAGAGAAAGCGAGCAGCAUCUCCGAUAUCUGGCUGUGUGCCUAUAAAGAGUAACAAAUCUAUUGUUCUAUCACCUGUUCUCAGUGAUGAACCUGCUGUGACCUCUGACCCUCUUGGUGGGAGAGCUGAUCAGAUCAGAUGUGUGUCCUGUCAGACCUGCACAUCCUCCUCCUGUCAGAAACACAUCAGUCAUCAUGACACAGAAGCAGCUCUGCAGCUCGAUUCUCACCAACCAGUGCAUGAUGAUCUGCAGAGAGGUAAAGACCUGCACAAAACCAGCAUGAAGAACAGAUAUGAGAGCGUAUUUGAGGGAGUCAAACUACAAGAGCAUCAGACCCUCCUGAACAGGAUUUACACACAGCUGUACAUCAUAGAGGGAGAGAGUGAAGGAGUGAAUGAAGAACAUGAGGUGCUACAGAUGGAGAAAAGUUACAAGACAUUCCAAGACACUCCAAUCAAUUGCAAUGACAUAUUUGAUCCUUCACCUGAACCAGGAUAUGAGGAGAAGAGAAGAGAGAAGAAAGACAAAAUCAAGACUGUUCUUACUAAAGGCAUUGCUGGAAUCGGAAAAACCGUCUCUGUGCAGAAGUUCAUUCUGGACUGGGCUGAGGGAAAAGCCAAUCAGGAUGUAGAUUUCAUGUUUGUGCUUCCAUUUAGAGAGCUGAACUUGAUUAAAGAUCAUCAGUACAGUCUUCAUAGACUUCUGCUUGACUUUCAUCCUGAACUUCAAGAUCUGGACUCAAAGAUUUAUGAUGAAUGUAAAGUUGUGUUCAUCUUUGAUGGUCUGGAUGAAAGCAGAAUUACACUGAUGUUUUCAGAAAGUGAGAAAAUUUCUGAUGUGACUGAGACUUCAUCAGUGGGUGUGUUGAUGUCAAAGCUCCUGAAAGGAGAUCUGCUUCCCUCUGCUCUCAUAUGGAUCACCACCAGACCAGCGGCAGCCAAUCAGAUCCCCUCUAAAUACAUCAACCGUGUGACAGAAAUUCAGGGAUUCAAUGACCCUCAGAAGGAGGAAUAUUUCAGGAAGAGAAUCAGUGAAGAGCAUCAAGCCAACAGAAUCAUCUCACACAUCAGAAGAGCAAGAAGCCUCCACAUCAUGUGCCACAUACCUGUCUUCUGCUGGAUCUCAGCCACUGUGCUUCAAAACAUCCUGAAACAAGAUCUCAGUGCAGAAAUCCCUCAAACUCUGACUGAAAUGUACAUACACUUCCUCCUCAUUCAAAUAAAUAUGAGGAACCAGAAGUAUGAAGAGAGAGAUCCAGAGAAACUCCUGCAGUCCAACAGAGACGUGAUUGUGAAACUUGCUGAACUGGCUUUCAAUCAGCUGAUGAAGGGCAAUGUGAUGUUCUAUGAGGAGGACCUGAGAGAGAGCGGCAUAGACGUCACUGACGCCUCAGUGUAUUCUGGGAUUUGCACUGAGAUCUUUAGGGAGGAAUCUGUGAUUUAUCACAGGAAGGUUUACAGCUUUGUACAUCUGAGCUUUCAGGAGUUUUUUGCAGCGCUGUAUGUGUUUUUCUGCUAUUUACACAAGAAAGGUGAAGUUCUGAAAAUGUUCCUGACAGGAAAGUCCAGAACUCAGUGUGGGAAUGUUUCUCUGGAUGUGUUUCUGAAGGGAGCAAUGAAUAAAGCCUUGAACAGUAAAAAUGGACAUCUGGAUCUUUUCCUUCGAUUCCUUCAUGGCAUCUCACUGGAGUCCAAUCAGAGACUUUUACAGGAUGUGCUGAUUCACACAGAAAACAACCCAGAGAGCAUCAAGAAAAUAAUCCACAACCUCAAACGAGGUCAAAAGAACAAUGUCAGUCCUGAAAGAUGGAUGAAUCUGUCACACUGCUUGAUUGAGAUGAAGAAUAAUUCUGUUGUUGACGAAAUGCAGGCAUUUUUAAAAAAUAAAACAAUAAGUAAAAGUCUUUCUCUUGCACAAUGUUCAACUUUGGCAAACAUGAUCCUAAUGUCAGAGGAGGUGAUGGAUGAGUUUGAACUUAAAAAGUACAAAUUCAAAUCAAAAGAGGGUCAAUGGAGACUGGUACCUGCUGUGAGGAACUGCAGAAAAGUUCUUUUGGCAGGCUGUAAACUCACUGAACAACAUUGUGAAACUGUGGCUUCAGCUCUACAAUCAUCAAACUCCCCCCUGAGAGAGCUGGACCUGAGUGACAAUGACCUGCAGGGUUCAGGACUGAAGCUGCUCUGUGAUGGACUGAAGAGUUCAAACUGUCAGCUCAACAUACUGAGAUUGGCUGGCUGUAAUCUCACUGAUCAGUGCUGUGAAAUUGUGGCUUCAGUUCUACAAUCAUCAAACUCCUUCCUGAAGUAUCUGGAUCUGAGUAACAACAAGCUGCAGGAUUCAGGAGUGAAGCUGCUGUUUGAUGCACUCCAGGCUCCAAACUGUCAAAUCAACAUACUGAGAUUAUCUGGCUGUAUGGUGACAGAAGAAGGUUGUGCUGCUCUGGAAUCAGCUCUGAGUUCAAGCCCGUCACACCUGAGAGAGCUGGAUCUGAUCUACAGUCACCUGAGACCCGGGACUCUGGACAAGUAUGUGAGCAGUAACAAUCAUUCUGUCUGCUGUGUGUGUGAGAGAAUUUGACAUUGUUUUUGUGGUUGUCAAGAGAUGCUUCUUUGGUUCUCACAAAAAAGAUAGCAACUUCUUUUUUUUUUAAAAAGAAAAAAAAGGGGGGGAUGCAUUUACAUAAAAGUAAGAUGCUGUUUUUCACUGGGGGUCUACGAAAGCAUUAUAUGCAUUAUGAAUCUCAGCUUCUCUAUGAUGAUUGGAUGAGCUUUCAAAAUGUAUCCUGUGGUCUUGUACAUAACAUCUAACAAUAUGUCCAAAAAAGAUUUUUUUUACAGGACAAUCCCAAAACAUGUAUGAAUGUGCUCAGGCUCCCUGCCCACAAAAAUGUAUAUGAGUGGGUGACAAACACAUAACAUGUCAUAUGUGUGUGGUUAAAAGGCACUAUGAAUCAUUUAAAAAUGGAUGAAAUGAUGAUUAGGAUCUGUGGAUGCAUGGAAUAUAUUGUCCUCAAGAUGGAUGCACUAAAGGUCAUCUGCCGGAAAGUAAAUUCAGAUUGUGUCAAAUAAGAGUAUGAGUAUGCCAUGUAGUUUUAAAUGAAGCAUCUUUCUGAAUAUCUAGAGAAUGUAGGUUUGUAUAGGUUCAUAAUAUUAUGAGCACUUCCUGUAAGAAAGGCCAGAAAAUAAACAAUCUUACAUCUUUAUUGGAGAAAAAUGUUCUAUUUGUUUCCAUGAGGAUCAAAACAUUUCAUGACUGAAAGCA